CGAGCCGGGACUCCCGCCGCCCCCCAUUCCGCCGCGCCGGGCGGGGGCCUGGCGCCAGCUGUCCUGAUGUCCCUGUAAAUUCAUCCUGGAACUUCAUUUGAGGAAAGGAUCUACUGAAUCAAAAGCUUCCUUCUGCUCUUCCCCUUCCCAUAACUUCCCUCAAGAUGGCAUCCGAUAGCCCCGAGUCACUAAUGACCUUGUGCACAGAUUACUGCCUUCGCAACUUGGAGGGGACUCUCUGCUACCUACUGGACAACGAAACUCUCCGGCUCCAUCCUGACAUCUUCUUGCCAAGCGAGAUUUGUGACGAACUUGUCAAUGAGUACGUGGAGUUGGUGAAGACGGACAGCAUCUUUGAACCCCAUGAAAGCUUCUUCACCCUGUUCUCAGAUCCCCGGAGCACCAGGCUAGCUCGGAUCCACUUACGGGAGCAGAUUGUGCAGGACCAGGACCUGGAGGCCAUCAGGAAGCAGGAUCUUGUUGAGCUCUACCUGACUAACUGUGAGAAGCUGACAGCCAAGAGUCUGCAAACCUUGGUGAGCUUCAGCCACACGCUUAUCUCCCUUAGCCUCUUUGGCUGCUGUAAUAUCUUCUAUGAGGAGGAGAACCCUGGAGGCUGUGAAGAUGACUGUUUGGUGAACCCCACUCGCCAGGUCUUGGUCAAGGACUUUACUUUUGAAGGCUUUAGCCGCUUGCGCUUCCUGAACCUGGGCCGCUUGAUCGAAGGGGUAAAUGUGGAGACGUUGCUUCGGCCUUUGGCCUCCCUUGCAGCUCUUGAUCUCUCUGGGAUCCAGCUGAAUGAUGUGGGAUUUCUGACCCAGUGGAAGGACAGUCUGGUUUCCUUAGUGCUUUACAACAUGGACCUUUCAGAGGAGCACAUCCAAGUGAUCGCACAGCUUCGCAAGCUCAGGCACUUGGAUAUCUCCCGAGACCAUCUGUCCAGUUAUUACAAAUUCAAGCUGACCCGGUGGGUUCUAAACCUGUUUGUGGAAAACUUGGUAAACCUCACUUCGCUCGAUAUCUCAGGGCACACCAUGCUGGAGAACUGCACUAUCUCAAGCAUGGAGGAGAAGAUGGGCCAGACAAGCAUUGAGCCAGCAAAGAGCAGCAUUGCUCCGUUCCGGGGUCUGAAACGACCACUCCAGUUCUUGGGCCUUUUUGAAACAUCUCUCUGCCGCCUGACGCAUAUUCCAGCCUACAAGGUGAGUGGAGACAAGAACGAAGAGCAAGUCCUGAAUGCUAUUGAGGCUUACACUGAACACCGGCCAGAAAUCACUUCCCGGGCCAUCAACCUCCUUUUUGACAUUGCCCGUAUCGAACGCUGCAGCCAGCUGCUGCGAGCUCUUCAGCUGGUGAUCACAGCCCUCAAGUGCCACAAGGACGACAAAAACAUCCAGGUGACAGGCAGCGCGGCACUGUUCUACUUGACCAACUCCGAGUACCGCAUGGAGCAGAGCGUAAAGCUGCGGCGCCAGGUCAUCCAGGUGGUGCUGAAUGGCAUGGAGUCCUACCAGGAAGUCACAGUACAGCGAAACUGCUGCCUGACACUGUGUAACUUCAGCAUUCCUGAGGAGCUGGAGUUCCAGUACCGCCGAGUCAACGAGCUGCUGCUGAACAUCCUCAACCAGAGCCGGCAGGAUGAGUCUAUCCAGCGCAUCGCUGUGCACCUCUGUAACGCUCUGGUCUGCCAGGUGGACAACGAUCAUAAAGAAGCUGUGGGCAAGAUGGGGUUUGUCAUGACAAUGCUAAAGUUGAUUCAGAAGAAGCUGGCUGACAAAACGUGCGAUCAGGUGAUGGAGUUCUCCUGGAGUGCCCUCUGGAACAUCACUGAUGAGACCCCUGAUAACUGUGAGAUGUUCCUUAACUACAGCGGCAUGAAACUGUUCUUGGAGUGCUUGAAAGAGUUCCCAGAGAAACAGGAGCUGCAUCGCAACAUGCUGGGCCUCCUGGGCAAUGUAGCAGAGGUGAAGGAGCUCCGCCCGCAGCUCAUGACCUCCCAGUUCAUCAGUGUGUUCAGCAACCUGCUGGAGAGCAAAGCAGAUGGGAUUGAGGUAUCCUAUAAUGCCUGCGGUGUGCUCUCCCAUAUCAUGUUUGAUGGUCCAGAGGCUUGGGGUAUAUGUGAGCCCCACCGAGAGGAAGUUGUAAAGAGGAUGUGGGCAGCCAUCCAGAGCUGGGAUAUCAACUCCAGGAGAAAUAUCAAUUACAGGUCAUUUGAACCAAUCCUUCGACUUCUUCCACAAGGGAUCUCCCCAGUCAGCCAGCACUGGGCUACCUGGGCACUGUAUAACCUGGUCUCUGUCUACCCUGACAAGUACUGCCCACUGCUGAUCAAAGAAGGUGGGAUUCCCCUUCUGAAGGACAUGAUUAAAAUGGCCUCAGCACGGCAAGAGACCAAGGAAAUGGCCCGGAAAGUUAUAGAGCACUGCAGUAACUUUAAGGAGGAGAACAUGGACACUUCCAGAUAGAGGCAAUCAUCUCAUGCCUCUUGCCAGCACUGUAUCCAGCUUCUCUCUAAUUCACUGUAUAUAGGGAGGACUCUUUCUUACCAACUCGCCUGUUGGAAGGAAACUUUAUGUGUGUGUGAGACCCUCAGUAGAUGAAGGUG